AUGUCGUGGUACGAAGAACUCACAAACCCUCCAAUAUAUAAAACCGCUUAUGAUUUGAAAGCUCCAACUGGAUUCAAGGAAACUACUGGAACAUUUCAGAUCACUAAACCAAAAUCAACGAAGUCAGUGAAUAAUCGGAAGCAAAUCAAUGAUUUGAAGAUAAAGAAGGGCUGGGAGGUUGCCUUGGCUCCGGUAAAGUCCCUACCUAUGACCUUAGUGAUGAACUAUAUGACCGGUAACACGUUGCAAAUCUUUUCCAUUUCAAUGACAUUAAUGCAACUUGUUAAUCCUCUCACGGCAAUUUUCAAUUUCAACCAGCCUUUUGAGUUCUUGGAAGGUGGUGAUCCCGGUGAAUUGGAAGAGGUCCAGUACGAUGUGGUGAUUGUUAAAUUGGCAUUCAUUGCUUCGCAGUUGGUGUGUUUGGCAGUUGGUAUCUAUAAGUUGAACGCUAUGGGCUUGAUACCUAACAGUACGAGCGAUUGGUUAUCAUGGGAAACGUAUCCUAAUUUUAAGGAGGUAAAUAUUGGCAUAUUCUAG